CAACACGUCAUUGAUAUUCCUCUGACAUCUGUCCAAGCGACACACGUACAUGUAGUUAUAGAAAAAAAAAUAGGCCUAUGUGAAAAUGUAAAAAAAAAAAAUACUAAUAAUAAUAGGCCUGUGUCUUUAAAAAUCGCAGUCUAGAGCAGCGGUGCGGUGUGGAGCCGUGGAGAGUCAGUAAGGUGGGGGCGCGACUAUGACUAAAUACAUAAAUGACAGCUAAUUAGUACAAGUUAUUACCUUUCAAAUGAGCUGUUGACGAUCACUAGGACUUGUCGAACCGGAGAAAUAAUGUUUGAAGUGGCAAGUGUGAGUGAAACUGCACGGUACAGAGCCAAAUUGGAAGCUGAAACGGGAGUCGACCGCUUAGAGCCUGGAGGAAGGGCUACCUCAGCCACGGAUUCCCGGAGGUUUCCCCCAACAUAAAAAAAAAAAAAAUUGAUGGAGGAGUUAGUGGUGGAGCUGCACCUCUUCCUGGAGCUCCUCGACCGUGAGUACCUGAGUGCCAUUGUGAGAGAGAAGAAGGCUCUGAUCACAAACAUUCUUCACAGGAUACAGGCAACAAAAGAACCCUUACACAAGACUGAGAUGCAUAGUGGCCUGCCAGCUCCACCUCAGAUGCCCCUGCCAGAAAUCCCUCAUCAAUGGCUGCCUCCUGAUAAUGGCCCCCCACCAUUACCCAGCUCCUCCCUCCCUGAGGGGUAUUAUGAAGAGGCUGUACCACUUAGCCCUGGAAAGACUCCAGAAUACAUCACCUCUCAUUAUGACUCUGAUGCCAUGAGUAGCUCCUAUGAGUCUUAUGAUGAGGAAGAGGAGGAUGGCAAAGGACAGAAGAUGAGGCACCAGUGGCCCUCUGAGGAAGCGUCCAUGGACCUGGUCAAAGAUGCCCGCAUCUGUGCCUUCCUGCUCCGCAAGAAGCGCUUCGGACAGUGGACCAAGCUGCUGUGUGUCAUUAAAGACAACAAACUACUGUGUUAUAAAAGCUCCAAAGACCAUAAUCCCCAGAUGGAGCUUGUUCUGACUGGAUGCAGCAUCACCCACAUCCCCAAGGAUGGGAAAAAGAAGAAGCACGAGCUGAAGAUCACACACCAAGGAGCAGACGCACUAGUGCUGGCUGUGCAGAGCAAGGAGCAGGCAGAGGAAUGGUUAAAGGUGAUUAAAGAUGUUUGCAGCAAUUGCAAUGGAGCAGUUGAUUCAGAUGGGGCUCCCUCCAGUUCUCCAGUGCACAAGACUGAGCUAGAAAAGAAAUUGUCAUGUGACCGGCCAAGUUCAGAUGGAGAGUGGAUUCUAGAGAACGGAGUUGCUGAAGUGAAAGAGCAGGGGAAAGGAAAGAAAAACUCAAAGAAUGAGCAGAAGGGCACUGUGAGUAAAGUGGCGGGAAAGAAGAUUACAAAGAUCAUCGGUUUGGGAAAGAAGAAACCAUCGACUGAUGAGCAGACCUCUUCAGCAGAGGAAGAUGUUCCCACUUGUGGAUAUCUGAACGUGCUGUCCAACAACCGCUGGCGGGAGCGCUGGUGCCGAGUGAAGGACAACCAGCUGAUUCUGCACAAGGAGCGGACGGACCUGAAAACGCACAUGGCCUCCAUCCCACUGCGGGGCUGUGAGGUCAUCCCGGGCCUGGAUUCCAAACACCCCUUGGCAUUCCGGCUGCUGCGCAACGCACAAGAAGCAGCUGUGCUAGAGGCCUCUUCCUCUGAGGGGCUGGGCAGGUGGCUUGGAGUCCUGCUGGCAGAGAGCGGCUCUUCCACAGACCCUGCAGCUCUUCACUACGAUUACAUUGAUGUGGAGACGACUGCAAAUGUGGUACAGUUGGCAAAGCAAUCCUUCUGCUUUACAAACAGGCGUGCUGUGUCUCCUAACCCCUAUUUGGAUAAUCCCACCAAUGGCUAUUCCUGCCCAUCUGGGGUGGCCCUGCAUUAUGACGACGUCCCAUGUAUAAAUGGAUCGGAGCCAAAUGACAGUAUGUAUUCGACUCCAGCUAACAACUGGAGGGAUGAAGGACUGUAUGAGAACGCUGGCCUGUAUGAAAAUUCCCCUUCUCCAACGCUUGCUGCGCGCUACUCACCUAAGCCUUCUAGGGUUUCUUCUUCUGAAAAACCACCUGCUAACCAUUAUAAAACUCCUGCCCCCUCCAAACUUUCCUCUUCGCUGCCUGUCACUAACACCUCUGCUGGGGGGCAGGGAUUAGCUGGGCCAGCCUCACAGAUCAAGGGAAAGAAAAUGCCUGUGACCAACGGAGUGGCGCCCAAACAGAAAGUGGACAUAGCCCAACAAAAGAAGCCGAAUGGAAACAUUCCGAUUAAACGCAAUAAUUCCAAUGCAGAUCAGUACAAGUAUGGUAAAAACCGCGUGGAAGCUGAUGCCAAGAGACUGCAGGGCAAGGUAGAUGAGCUCCUGAAAAAGAAGCAGGAUCUCCGCUACCGGCUGGCACAGCUGAGGAAGGAGAGAAAGGACCUCCGGGCUGCAAUAGAAGCCAAUACAGGCAGGAAAUCCCAGACUGUUCUUGAGGACAAGCUGAAGAGACUGGAAGACGAUUGUAAGCAGAAAGAAACGGAGCGCGUCAAUCUGGAGUUGGAGUUGACAGAGGUCAAAGAGAGCCUGAAGAAAGCCAUGAAUGGCGGGGUCACUCUGGGGCUGACCAUCGAGCCAAAGUCUGGGACCUCUAGCCCUCAGUCCCCAGUGUUCAUGCGGCGCACUCUUGAUAAUUCCCCCGCCUCCAGCUGUGACACCAGCGAUACAGAAACCUCCUCGCUUCCUGUGAACAGCGCAGCUAUCCUGAAGAAACAGUCCUCACAAAAGGCAUCACCAAAUCGGGGUCAUGUUCUUCGGAAAGCCAAGGAAUGGGAAAUGAAAACUGGCACAUAAACAAUAUUUUCACCAGUACCUCAUAUAUAUAUAUAUAUAUAUAUAUAUAUAUAUAUAUAUAUAUAUAUAUAUAUAUAUAUAUAUAUUGUUUUUUUGUUAAUGCAAAUGUUUGGAGGUCAACGACUGGUGGAUGACAGAAAAGAUGGCAUAUUCAUAUCAUAGGCUUAAAAAGGAAAAGUAUUUUUCUUAUUAACUUUAUUUAAUGGUAUCGGUUGUUAUUAUUAUAAAUGUAACUGCCUCCUGCUUUGACAUUAUAAAAGCCUGUGGUGGCAUGUGUGUGGGAGACUUACUCUGAAAAAAAGUCCUAGCCAUUUCUCAUGAUUUGUUUUUAAUGAUGCCAAAUGUAUUUAAAAAAAAAAAAAAGUAAUAAUACUUAAUGAAUUAAUCAUCAGCUAAAUUGAAGAUUAUCCAUUGGAGGAACACAAUUUGGUUCAGACAUCUGAAAAAUAAUAGUUAUUUAUUUGUAAAUGUUUAAGUAAAUAUUGAGUUGCCAUUAUUAUUUAUACUGAUUUUUAUUUAAUGCUUUUGCAAAUGGGGCCACCCAGUAAACAUAUUAUAGUACAGUUGAAUAGAAAUAUUAUUUUAGUUAUUUUAGUGCUGUAUAUCACAAAACCGGUUUGUUUGUUACUAUAUAAAGUAUAUUGUAAAAUCUCUAGUCUGGUAAUAAAAAAGGUGGUAUGCAUGCAUACAUUUACAUGCUGUUAUUUAAAACAUAGUGAUAUAUAAAGGUGAAAUACCAAACAUGAUACAUUUGAUUCACACAUUUCAUUAAGUAUUGUGCCAGGUAUGCUGUUCACUUUAAAUGUCAUGGUUUGUGUUUUGUUUCAGCAUUCAGAGACAGGUCUUUGUUUAAGAUUUUUUAUGUUUUAUUUUACAGUAUUUAAGAUUUUAUGUCAUAUUAUAGACAAGACAAGGAGUGUUAUAUUUAAAUGUUUUUGAAAUAAUAAUGCAGAAGGCUUAAUUUCAUAAUGAGUUGGUUCGACAUACAUGUAAAUAGUAUUUAACUUUUUUUUUUUCAAGUGUUGGGUCACAAAUUCCUGCAACAUUAAUACAUCACUUGCAUACAGCAGUUGUAAGGUGUGACUGUGAGAUUUCCAGUUUAUGUUGAGGAGGUUGUGUAGUCAGUAUAUUUUUCUUUUGCUGAAUACCUAAAUAAAAUACAUGUGAGCUGGUCCAGUGGUUAAAGAAAAGGGCUUAUAACCAGGAGGUCCCCGGUUCAAAUCCCACCUCAGCCACUAACUCGUUGUGUGACCCAGAGCAAGUCACUUAACCUCCUUGUGCUCCGUCUUUCGGGUGAGACGUAGUUGUAAGUGACUCUGCAGCUGAUGCAUAGUUCACACACCCUAGUCUCUGUAAGUCGCCUUGGAUAAAGGCGUCUGCUAAAUAAACACAUAAUAAUAAUAAUAAAAGUAUGUAUGGAAAGAACUAGCACAGUGAAGUGCUGAAGACUGGAUGCCAAGAGAGACUCACUUUACUUGUCAGUCGUGGAUUUUUUUUUUUUUUUUGUAUGUCACUAUCCAUUUCUAUAACUGAAGUCUACCCAACUGUAUUUCAACUGUAAACAAAACAAAAGACUACAUUAGCUAAAAAAUUUAAAACCUAAAAAAAUCAUAACAGCCUGAUUGGAAAAAUGUGAAACCAAUGUAAAUAGUUGAUUCUUUUUUGUUUGUUUUUGCACUUUUUUUCACUUUUCUAAUAUCAUGUAUUACUCUUAAAGACAGACACCAACUUGGUGAGAAAUGUAUAUAAUAAAGAAAACAUCUGCCAAAAA